AUGAAGUCGCCGUUGCAGAGGCUCAGGGGCUUCGGCCACCACCACCCCAAGGAGCGGAGGGGCCACGAGCCGCCGCCGGCCAAGCUCGACGAGCUCGUCUGCGCCGCCCAUGAGGUGGAAGACAUGAGAAACUGCUAUGAUGGCUUGAUUUCAGCUGCAGCAGCUACAACAAAUAGUGUAUAUGAGUUUUCUGAGGCUCUUGAGGAACUGGGAGGUUGCUUUCUCGCAAAAACUGCACUAAAUGAUGAUGAUGAUGAUAGUGGUAGAGUGUUGAUGAUGCUCGGAAAGGUCCAAUUUGAAUUACAAAAGUUUGUCGAUACUUAUCGCUCAAAUAUCAUUUAUACUAUCACAACCCCAUCAGAGUCUCUUCUCAAGGAGCUACAGACUGUAGAGGAAAUGAAGCAGCAAUGCGACAUGAAAAGAGAGGCAUACGAAGCUAUGAGGGCAUCCUAUACAGAAAAGGGAAGGUCAAGGAAUUCCAAAACUGAAACAUACUCAGAAGAACAACUGCGAAGCGCUCUCGCUGAGUACCAAGAAGAUGCAGCACUGUUCAUAUUUCGCUUAAAAUCAUUGAGGCAAGGGCAAUUCCAUAGCCUUUUAACACAGGCUUCUCGACAUCAUGCUGCUCAGUUAAGCUUUUUCAGGAGAGGGUUGAAGUGUCUUGAGGCACUCGAACCUCAUGUAAAAGCAAUAGCUGAGAAACAGCACAUUGACUACCAGUUUAGUGGUCUUGAGGAUGAUGCAUCUGACAACGAUGAUUACAGCUCCGACCAGGAUGAUUGCAGCGAUGACGGAGAGCUUAGUUUCGACUAUGAAAUAAAUGACAAGGAUCAAGAUUUUCUUGCUUCAAGAGGUUCAAUGGAUUUAGAUAAAAGAGAUGUGACGAAUUCCCCGCAGCCAGUAAAAGAAAGCAUGCAGGAAGAGGUCAAACAAACCAAGGGAAAUGCUAUGACUCCACGAGUCAAGCCAGAGUUUAAUACACACUUAGCACCUAUUCUGGCAGGCAAUUUACCGGAUCCAUCUGAGAGAUUUUGGCAAAUGAAGCCAUCUUCAGCCAAACAUUCGUACAAACUUCCAAUGCCAGUUGAUGACAAGGAUCCCAGAUCAGUAGGUGCUCACAGAUCACAUCAUUCACAGCAGUUGGAAAGUAAACCUCGUGUCUCGGCGAAUCCGUGGCAUUCAUCUCCACUGAUGAAAGACUUUAGGCCGGGUGGCCAUGUGAAAAUGCCAUCAAGUACGGAGGGGAUAUCGACGUUCUCCCAGUCGGUUUCUGAUUAUAAGAAGAUGAAGAGGGAAUCUUGGUCUGGUCCAAUACCAAGCAGGCCAGGGUUAAGCAAACCAUCUUCGCUGAACGAUCACAGAUCACCCAUGGCACAACAUCUUGUGAUGCCAGGAAAUUUGCAGGGCCAUUCUCGUCAGCCAUCAUCUGUGUCCCCAAAAGUUUCCCCCAAGAUGUUCCCACAUCCAGCAAAAUCACCAAAGAUCAGUGAGCUGCAUGAGCUUCCUAGGCCUCCAGCCAACAUGGAGUCCCUCAGGCCUUCUGGUUUGGUCGGUUACUCUGGUCCUCUGGUAUCAAAGCGUCAGACUCAAAUCCUUGCAGCACCAGCCCGUGUGUCGCCGACGGCAUCACAAACCCCCUCACCACUUCCGCUACCGCCUGCUACCCUCAUUCGCAGCUAUUCCAUACCCUCAAAUAGCCAGAGGAUACCAAUCAUCACUGUGGAGAGAUUGUUGGAGGCUAGAAAUAGCAGGGACGGCAGUGAUAUUUCUUCCCCGCCGCUUACUCCUCUGUCACUGACUGAUUUGUCCCAGCAGCAAGGAACAAAAACAACUACAAGUCGCACAAGGAUGAAUGGAGCCUUAUGA